CGCGGGCGGCGGGAACGGCCCGGCUCGGUCUGCCCGAACCCGCCGGGACACCCCGGGACCGGACACUGCCCCCUAAACCCACCGGGACACCCCGGGACCGGACACUGCCCCCUAAACCCACCGGGACACCCCGGGACCGGACACUGCCCACUAAUCCCACCGGACACCCCGGGACCGGGUGCAGGUCUUGCAGCCGGGCCCGGCCGUGAGGGGAUCCCGGCGCAGCCCUGAGGGGAUCCCGGGGUAACCGUGAGGGGAUCCCGGGGUAGCUCUGAGGGGAUCGCUGCCCGCCGUCCCUCGGCAGAGCGGAUCCCGGUUUAAGGCGGAGAGUGCUGCCAGGCCGCGGCUCUCCUGCAGAAUGCCAGAGCCUCGGAGUGUCCGAGCUGGAAGGGAGCCGCAGGAUGAGCCGGCGAGCCCCGGAGGAUAAAGUAAGACAUGGCAGAAGCAGUUUUUCACCCCCCAAGAAGGAAAAGAAGAGUUUUUGAGUCCUACGAGGCUCCCUUUCCUGUGGAUGUAGGGGGAAAGGAUUUCAGACUCUGCCAGGCUGAGAUCAUUAACAACAAUGUGAUUGUGAGGAACCCCGAGGAUAUUGAACAGCUCUACAACAAGGGCUAUUUUGGAAAAGGGAUCCUUUCCAGGAGCCGGCCAGUGUUCAGCAUUUCAGAUCCUCUGCUGGUGGCCAAGUGGAGAGGUGUUAACACAAACAUGCCCAUAAUUACAUCUCAAAAGUACCAGCGCCGUGUGCAGUGGGCUCGAAGUGUCCUGCAGGAGCAGGGCCUCGACAGCUGCUCCGUCACCAGCAUCCUGGAGAGUUACACCAAACCCCUGGGGCUGUCCUUCCGCACAGGGGCUGGGGCUGAGCAAACCGGCAACAGCUGCAGCACAGCGGGCCCAGACCCGGGCAAUGCAGAACUGUGCGGGAAAUCUGCCGGCAGGGAGGGAGCCCAAAGCCCUGAGGGUCACAACGGGCACCCCGAGGAGGGAGGAGAUGCAGCCCUGGAUCCUGGGAGUGGCUCCAGGGACCAGGAACAGGGGGAUCCCAGGGAAAUGGCUGAAGGGUCCUGCCACAGGGACCCUCCUGUGCUCUGUGGCUGCGAGGGGAAGCAGAGCCCUGAGCAGAGGGCUUGGGAGGGGAUGGGCUCCAGGGAAUGUGCUCCAGAAUAUGUGCUAGUGCAAGAGGAGGAAGAAGGCAGCUCCUGUCCUGAAGAUGGCUCCACUCAUGCACAAGAGAAUCUUGUGAAGAAGGAAGUAUUAGUAUGCAGAAAAAACCCUUUUAGGAUUUUUGAGUACUUACAACUCAGCUUGGAAGAGGCUUUUUUCUUGGUGUAUGCUCUGGGAUGUUUAAGUAUUUAUUAUGGUGAGGAGCCCCUGAGCAUCGUGAAGCUGUGGGAAGUGUUCAGUGAGGUGAAGCCUGAUUUCAAAACCACCUACAUGGCCUACCACUACUUCAGGGGCAAGGGCUGGGUGCCCAAGGUGGGGCUGAAGUAUGGCACGGAUCUCUUGCUGUAUCGAAAAGGGCCCCCGUUCUACCAUGCCAGUUACUCUGUCAUUGCUGAGUUGGUGGAUGAUAAUUUUGAAGGUUCCCUUCGCAGACCCCUCAGCUGGAUGUCCCUGUCUGGGCUGAACAGAACAACUGCAAAUGCUUCUAAGGAGCUCAUGCUGUGCUACUUGAUCAGACCUUCUGACAUGACUGCAGAGGAGAUGUCAACCCCAGAGUGCAUGAAGAGAAUCAAGGUUCAGGAGCUGAUCGUGUCUCGUUGGGUGUCCUCCCGUGAGCGCAGUGAGCAGGAUGAAUUUUAACUGGCUGCACAAGGAAACCUCACUUCUUAAAAGCAACUUCUUGUUCUUUUUUACCUGAUCUUGUGAUGAACUGUUGGCCUAGAACAUUUUCUACCACCAUACUCACUCGGUGCGUAUAAAUGCUGUUUAAAAUGAGAUGUAUCAUGUUUACUGGAGAGAAUGUUUUACUGAAAAAUGUAAGUGAACAGAUGAAAACCUGUGUCCCAACUCAAAAUAUAAAAGAUUAAAAGGUGCAUGUUUGA